AUGACAUCAGAAUCGCAAGAAUUGCUCCUGCAUACAAUAUUGCAUUUGUUAUUCACAUUGUGCAUUGUGUAUCCACCAGUGGAGUUUCAACGUGCUGGCUUUACUAUUCAAACAUUAUUUUCUGGAUAUUUGGGUGUAGAACGAAACGAUUUUGUUGGAUAUCAUUUGAGGAGGUCCGUACUGACACGUUUUAUACAUUUUUGCUUGCCUUUAUUUUACUUCGUCUACUUAUCGGUGGUUUUACGAGAAACAAUAUUUACUCUUAGACCACAAACCAUUUUGCAGUUUGGUGCCUACGCAUCUAUCGCCAUCGCUGGAGUCUCUGCCUUCAUAAUGUUGUGUCAUUGGUGGAAUAAAUUUGAUGAACAUCCGACUGUGCAGUGUUUGAAACGUUAUCUUGGCAAUAACGGAAGCAGUUGGCACGAAGUGGCCGAAUCAAUCAACGCAGAGUAUCGUAAUAUGCUAGAUACCUUAAGCAUCACUCUAACAGGUAUAGAUCGUGUUGUAAUGACAUCUUCUUGGAUUUUGAACAUUACAAACUAUGCAUUGACUUGUGCUCAAGUGAGUGAUGUAUCACUGGAAGCCAUAAGAGCUGACGAACAUCCGGUUUCUCAUCAUAUGCAAAGCGGUGGUUCGGCGCAGUUCAUCAGUAUAUGCGUAAAGAGUACAACAGAACGUUUCCAACCAUUUGUCAUCAGAAUACGUACAGAAUCAUUCCGUGAUCUGCGCAACAAGCUAGACAAGCCUAUUGCUAUGGCUCGAGAAGUAGUCUUGAAGCAAUCACUUAAUGAGCGUUUCGUUGAAGCAUUCACUCAACAAAUUGCUUUGAAUCCGAAGUAUGACUAUGACGAGCCGGAACGCCUCGAGCCAUGUUUGGGUUGUUCUACUGAGCUGUCGAAUGUUAAAUUAUGGAAGCGGUGUCGGAAUGAUGUUCAAGAUGAUAUGGAUGCAGAAAGGCCUAGAUCUCGUUGCACGCAAUGUUACUGCAGGCCUAUGUGGUGUGACACAUGUAUGGGACUAAUCUUUGCAUCUAAGCAAGAUCCACAUCGUCCGGAGUUGUGGAUGCCUGGUAAAGCUCAGUGUCCAACGUGUCGAGCGACAUUUUGCGUUCUUGAUGUUGCGUUUUUAAAUAUGACUAGGAAUCCAUAG